AGUUUCUGAUUGGUUGUCUGUUGCUCACCAAUUGGCCGAUACAUUUUAGCAACCACGUCGAAUACUGUACACCUUUAGCAUCUUAAUUCGCGGUUAAAUUAUAACCACAGGUUAAAAGCGGCGAGAACGUAUUGGUAGCCUAAUAGGCCCUAACCCGGAAUUAAAAAGGUUACCACAGGGUUGUAGGUAUAAAUUACUAUCAAAAGCUCUGCUAUAAAUAGUGUAACGCAAGAAUGAAGCGAUACCUGCAAUACCUGAGCGCUGGGUACACCGUGUACGUCAUGCGUGAGGGGCGGGGCUUAUGAGAUCUCCCAAACAGUACACUCAGGAGCUAGAGCGACGCGCGGCAGACAUCCAGCGGGCUAGACCGAGCGAAAGAAUAUACUUUUCGUCCUGGUUGCUUUCACUGAGAAUGUCUUUGGGUGACCAGCAGUGGUAUCCCACUAGCGUUCAGGUAACGGUACUCAAAGCGCGAAACCUGCGGAUCAAGGGCAAGAAUGGCACGAACGACGCCUAUGCCAUCAUCCAGGUGGGCAAGGACAAGUUUUCCACCUCGGUAGCGGAGAAAUGCGUCUCGCCCGAAUGGAAGGAGGAGGCGACCUUCGAUCUGCCGCCGAACUAUCAGGGGGACGCGGAGCGGUGCACGCUCUACAUCAUCGCCAUGCACAGAGCCCUGGUGGGGCUGGACAAGUUUUUGGGACAGGCUGUCAUCAAUUUAGUGGACCUCCACGCCAACAGAUCACGCAAAAAAACCGACUGGUACAAGCUUGUGGAUAAGAACGGGAAACAAGAGAAGGACCGAGGGGGAGUUCUUUUGGACAUUCAGUUCAUGCGGAAUAACCUGACAGCCAGCAUGUUUGACCUCUCCAUGGCAGACAAACCUCGCUCUGGCAUUGGCAAACUCAAGGAUAAAAUUCGUGGUAAGAAGAAGGAAGGCCUGUCAGAUUCUGCCUCUGCGAUCGUGCCCUCUUCAGUGGGAAUAGACAGUGAAGAGGAAGGAGAGGGCGGUUCAGACAAUCCUAAGAAGAAAUCAAAAUUCAAAUCCUUGUUUGGACCAAAGACAAAUCUCCAAAGGAAUGUGUCCCAGUCGAUGUCAACCCUGGGCACCCUGCCUGAGAAGAACAGUUCACUCAGCAGCAGCAGAUCAUCUGGCCUUAAUGUGGACUCUCCUGAUGUGAAAAAGAAGUUUAAAAUACUGGGACACAAGCGCACUGAGAGCUCAGAUAGCAAAGUGUCUCUUGGCCCGUUUUCUCUUCUGAGCCGCUCUAAACAAAACAUCCAGGAGCAGAAUAACCUCUGUAUCAACGGCAGCCAUGUUUAUGCCGAGGAGCAAGAAUCUAAAGCUAAUUUUGGCUCCUCACUCAGUCUAAACAGCUCAGGAAAGGGUUCAGUAGAGGAUGUUCGUAAAUACCACCAACGAAAUACAUCCGACAUCUCCAUCGACUCACUUAAAGGCCUGACUAUCCCCUCAUACAAACCUGAAGUGCAAGACAAAGCUUCUCUUGUCCCACAGCGCCCUCUAGAGGACAGGAGUCAUGUAGAGGUGGAGGAGAAGGGUAAGAAACACGAAGGAAGAAGCCUGCAAGAGAUGCUGGACCGACAGGAAGAACAAGAGCAGAGGAGGCAACAGGAACGAGAGAGAAAACAAGAGGAAGAGAGGAAAAGCAGGCUUGAAGAGCAGGAGAAGAAGCGCAAGGAAGAGGAAGAGCUGCAGAGGAAGCAGCGUGAGGAGGAGACGCAGCGAGCUGAGGAUCAGCUGCACCAGGAGGAGACCAGAGUAACCGAACGGCUCUCUUCUCUCUUUGGCAUUGGAAAGAAGGAGGAGAAGAGCGAGGAAGCUUUGAAUGAACCCAAACAUCUGGAUGUGCCAGCCUCUACAAAACCAUUCGAAGACAUUCCCCUCACCCCAGAUACUCCGUCUUCUAUCCCAAAAGAGAGGUCCACGGACCCACAGAGGGCCGUCAGGACCACCCUCACCCCGACGCCACCCGCUAGUGCUUUCCCCAGCCGCACAGCAAAAGUGUCCGCGGUCAAGCCAAGAUUGGCUCUGAGUGUACUGCCUGAAACCGAAAAUAGCCAUUUCCAAUCCCCCUCAGACUCUAUAGACACACAGACCACUUCUCACCUUUCCCCAUCCCUCUCUACUGAUCCGUUUAAGUUUUUUGGUAUGUUUUCUGAUCUUCAUUCUUCUUUGGCACCUGCUAAACCUCCGAGAACUUUCAGUGAGUCCAGCAUGGAAAACCUCUCAGCUUCCAAAUCUGACAAGAAGCGAAAGGCUCCUCUUCCCCCUGGUCAUCUAGGGGGCUCGUCUAAGUCUGAAAACAAUCCUGAUAAUGGGGGACAAGUGCAUACCCAAAACUCCAAAGAUAGGCCUGUUCUUCCUCUCCCAGACUAUGAAACCCUCUUUCCUAAGAAGAGGCAUGGGGUGAUGGGUCAAACACGUUGGGACCAUCUUGUUGCGGAGGUAAACCAAAGAAACUGGGAUUUCUCAGAAGAAAUGAGUGUAGAUGGACCUGAGAGGCUGAUGCCAAAUAAAUCUUCAAUCUUAAAAGACAGAACCUCUGUGAACCUUAACCAGCACCCAAAAAAUCAUGAGGCACCUCCCCCUGCCCCCGCAAGGCACAAAGAGGCACUCCUUCCACCCAGAGCUCCUGUGACCCCAGAACCAUCGGUCGAGACAAAUGACCAAUAUGGUCAUAUCAAAGAGUCUUUAUAUGCCACUGUCAAUAAGCCUAGAAACUCUGCUUCCAAGAACUUGGAAAACCAUCCAACUCAAGCUGUGCAUAGUAGACAUGUACCUCAGGAUAUGGAAGGGAAGUCUCUGACUCCAGAUGCCCUUAACCAUCAACUCUCCCAGUCAAAAGAGAAGCCUACACCAACUGCCAGAUCCAUACAAAGUAUUAAUUCAAAGAUUGAUGGUGUGGUUAAAGAGAUGCCUUUAGUCAAACCCAGACAAGAGUCAUUAGUGAAAAACCCAGUCAGGCAAGUCCAACCAGACAAGCAGGUAACCAAUCAACCCAUGACAUCAGAAAACAACAAAACUGAGAAACAGCACAAGGGCCAGAAUGGAAGUAUUUCUACAGAUGGGUUUGUUGAUGUAGACCUCCUCAAAGCUGCUGAAAGUCCAGAAGAACUGCAUUUGGGGAAACCGGCUACUGAAUUUGAGGGGAGGGGAAUGAUUGCUCUUGACCCAUUCCCAAGUGAUAACCUGCUAUCUAAAGAUCCCUGGGCUUUACCAGAGCAUACCACCAAUGAAGAUGACCUGUUCCCUAAGGGCCCAAAGCAAAUGGGAAAUCUUGAAGAUCAGACUUCAACCUUUGAUAAGAAAGAUAAGUCUGCAAACAAAGGAACAAAUGAUCCAUUCAAAAAGUCUUCAGAGAAAAGCAAAUCACAGAAAUCAGAGAGUGGAAACCAAUCACCCAGCUUCACUGAACAAGCCAGAGCCUCAUUUAAAAGAAAUUUUUCGCUUAGAAAGAAAAAUUCAUCUCGCCAAUACACAACUACUGUAAAAGCUGGUACAGAGAAUACAAGUCUGGCUAGAUCAGUUUCUCAGUCUUCACAAGAUGCAGAAGAUGUUGAGCUGACUGUAACCAGUGUUGCUCCACCCAGCAGAACUAAUUCCACUGUAGUAACAUCUGAAUCCCCUAUAGGGGGCAAGGCGACUCUUCGCGCUUGGGUCCCGCCAUCAGAGGCUCAGACAGUUGCUCUGCAGAAUGGUAGUGGAAGUGCAGUUUCUAAAUCAAGAAGGCCUCACCCAGUGAAACCCAUGAGCACCGAGAGCCAGUCUUCCAGUGUUAUCGCUGUGGGGAAAGACCCAAAGACUAUCACCAUCAAGGAAAUGGCUGAGAUGUCAAAAAAUGUAGAUAGCGGUCCGUACACUCAGCUCACACAGGAGGAACUGAUCACACUGGUGGUAAAGCAACAGGCCGAACUCUCCAAAAAAGAUGCCAGGAUCAUGGAGUUAGAGGACUAUAUUGAUAACCUGCUAGUUCGCGUCAUGGAGGAGAAACCAGCCAUCCUGCUUUCACUUCAAUCCAAGUGUUAGGGUUUAAUCCUAACAUCUGAAUAACUGUGCCCAGAUCACUAUACUGAGACGCUUCAAUAUUGUAGGACUUGGCUGAUACAGCCAAAAGGAUUGUAAACGCAAUAUCACAUCUCAUAAUCAGUUGCUUUGCUUGACUAUAUUACGCAUGUAGAGUUG